AUGCAGUCGAACUACUCCAUCGACGAAGACCCCUUGUCGCUCGAUAGGAUCCGGUCGGUCCUGACGAGACUGGAGGACACCAUUAUCUUUGGGUUGAUAGAGCGAGCACAGUUCGCCCACAAUCCCAAGAUCUACCAGAAAAAUGCCUUCAAGGAGUUGCGGGAUAUGGGUUUCGAGGGCAGUUGGCUCGAAUGGUUCUUGAAGGAAACCGAGACUUUCCAUGCAAGAGCACGACGGUACACUAGUCCCGAUGAAUAUCCUUUCACGCCCAUCUCUGAGUUACCCUCGCCUGUCUUGCCGCCUUUGAAGUACAAGCCUAUCCUCUACCCUAACAAUAUCAACGUUAACCCUUCGAUCUUGACCUUCUACACGAACUACAUUGUUCCCCGGAUAACGAGACACGCCACGCUGAAGCUCGCAAGCGUCAAGCGAGCGCAAGGAAUCAUGGGUGGAGACGAGUUCGAGGACGACGGUAAUUACGGAAGCGCAGCCACCCUUGAUGUCGAGGUACUCCAGGCGAUCAGCAAGCGCGUCCAUUAUGGCAAGUUCGUGUCGGAAUCCAAGUUCCGCGCAGCUCCAGGUGCUUUCAUCCCGCACAUCCUAAAACCUGAUCCCGCCACACUCGAAAGCCUCAUAACGAAACCCGAAGUAGAGCGAAAACUGCUCCUCCGUUUGCGCAAGAAGGCCGUCAACUAUGGGAGGGACGCGACCCUGGAGGUCGAAACCCCACCGUCUCCGCCUUACCCUUCCGAAGUCAACGGCACGAAUGGCGUCAACGACACAAACGGUAAAAUCGACGUGGACGGAGUGGUCGAGCUUUAUGACAGCUAUAUCAUACCUCUUACGAAGGAAGUGGAGGUGGAGUAUCUCCUCCACCGCCUUGAUGGCAUGUCGGAGGACCAAAUAGAAGAGCUGGCGAAGACGUAG